UGCCGAGCGCUGCGGCCUGGCCCGGCCGGGCCCAGGCACCUCCCCGUGGCCGCAUUGGCCUCCUGUGGCACCUGUCCCACAUGCCAGGUCAGAUCUGGCCCAUGGAGGGUCCUGGCACUUCCCAGCUGGCCCAUGGAGCAAAAGGUACUGAAAGUCAACAGUUACACUGCAGCCUUGCCGAUUGUGCUACUACCUGCAUAGCAGAUUAAAUAGGAACAAAGUUUUCCAAAUGUCAACCACUGCAGGUUUCAGUAGAGAACAUACCGUUACUGCACACUGGAUGUCCAAAACUUCUCGUGCAGGAGUUAUACUACGUCCUAGUUUCCAUGACUUGAAAACUAAUAGAGCCAGUCAGUCAUCUGGAACUGCAGACAUCACAAGCUACCCAUUUGAAAUGCUGCAUUUUUCAAACAGCAGUUGUUCUGUAAGUGAAGACUCCCUACAUGAAGAAAAAACCUUGGAAUCUGACACCUUUCAUGGUCUUCUCCCAGGUACAACAGAAACAACUCUUCCUGCUCAUUUGGGAGAAGAAAAACAAAUAUUAGCAUUCAAAGAUGCUACAGGGCAGCAAGAAACUGAGUUUAUAUAUGACAAGGCAGAUGAUUGGAGUGAAGCAGAUUACAGUGACCCACUUUUACAAAAGCUUGAGCAGCUAAAGGAAUUUCAACAGCAGAAACAAGAACAGUUGAAGAGGCAACAGAUGGAACAACUUCAAAGGCUUAUGGAAGAGCAACAGAAACUACUUACUGUGGUAUCUGGCCAACAAGCAACUCCUUGUUUCACUUUACUAGCAGAAGAUCAGAGCCAAAGAUAUGAACAUACAGUUAGUUCAACCUCUGCAACCCACUUGCCAUCAGUUAUGUAUCAGAAUCAUAGUGGACACAUUGCUCGUCACCUGGAUGAUUUUUCUAGUGAACAUCUACAAAAGUUAAACAAUGAGUGCAUCUUAUCUUUGAAGAGCCAUUUCUCUGCAAACUCUGUCUCUGAGAAACAACACAUACAGGCAUCUUUGAAACCACGAAGCAAUCUGAAGAACAGUGAGGAAGACAAAAAAAACACUGGAAAAAGCAUUUGGUGUCUAGAUAAAAAGAUGGGAGAAUCAGCAGAAGGUAAAAACUGUAAUGCUGAUGGGUUACAUUCAGAAAAUGCAGAUUUCUCUGAAGGUCCCAAUGGAAGAAAAUGCUUGCAAAUGGCUAACACAGAAGAAAGGCCUAUUAAGGCUGGGAUUCAAGAUAGGAAACAGACAUUUGAAGAAUUCCUGGAAGAACAGAUACAACUGGAAGAACAACGCCUGAAGAAAAAGGAACAGCUACAGGAAGCAGAGAAAUUGACUUCUCAGAAACAAGUAACAAAAUGGCCCUUCCUAAAAAGAGGAGAAGGCUUAUCUAGGUUCACUAAAAUCAGAUCUAAAGUAACUAAGUAUAAAGAAGGGAAAGUAAUGUUUCAACUAAGUACUUCAGAGGACAGAAAUAUUGCUAAAGCAGAGAGACCCCAUAUACAGAGGAAAACGGUGACUUUGAGCAAAGAACUGGUUUCUGAGAACUCUGUUAUUCCAUCCAAAAGGUAUAAUCAAACUAUUAAGACAAAGAAUGGUCCUGCUGGGCAAGAAAGGCAGACCAUGGUACUCAAGAAUCAUAAUGGGAAGACUAUUUUGCCAUCAAAAGUAGCAGUCCGGACUGAGAAGAAUCUAGAUGAGCAGUUUAAAGAAUCUUGCAGAUCAGAAAUCAACAAUAAAUUAGAAAAUAAAGAAAACAUAAUGGAGUUUGCAAAAUCUAUUGAAAUUGGCAGCAAGUACAGAAGCAAUUUACCACAUACAGAAAAGUAUCAGGUGCCUACAGAGUUGACUAAAACAGCCUUCCUUUCCCAAUGUUCUAUGGGUCGCCCUGCAAAAGACCUAGAACUUUGUUUAGAGCUUUCAUUCCAGAAUAAGUUGGAAAACUGGGAAAAAGAAAAGGAGAAAGAGAACAUGGAAUUGGAUGAAUUUUUGUUUCUAGAACAGGCUGCUGAUGAAAUAUCUUUCUCAAGUAAUUCUUCAUUUGUACAGAGGAUCUUGGAACAAGAUCAACAACUUUCAAAAGGCCGUAGAAUGUCUUCUACUCCUAUCAAAACAACACAGCAGCAGAUGAAUACAUUGGUUAUUACAGCUAUAAAUAACAAAAAUAAAGUGGACAAUAUCUCACAGGGAAAUAAAAAUGACAGAGCAGUUGCAUACACAGUUUCAGAUUUGGGGACAUCUAUUGGAUUGAAGGAUCAUUCUAAGAAAACAGAUAAUAAAAUAUUUCAGAUUUCUUCCACUGUAGCAAUUCCAAAUUUACAAAGCACUGAAUGGAAUAUAAAUGAAACUAAGGGUGACGAAAGCAAUGAUUUUAUGACAGAGUCUGAAGAAGAACUUGAGACCACCUUGACAGGUUCAAAUGAAAAUGAUAAAAAGUUCCUUUUGGGUAGUAGAGAAGACAAUCCAGAAUUCUGUGAUAGAGGACCUGUCAAAGAUACCAGCAAAGAAAGCAAAAGUGGAGAUGCUGAUCUUGAUUUAUCAGACAAAGACUAUAGCAGUGAUGAAUCCAUUGGGGUAGCAAACCAAAGUAGUAGUAAAGUUUCUGGCUCUCAAAGAAGCUCGUCUUCUAUAUAUAGAAAUAAUAUUGAGUUUGAUGAUGAUAGAACAUGGAGUGAUCUGGAGGAAAAUGUGAUUCAGCUUGAAGUUCCUAAAAAUGGUAGCAUUAAAAUACCUCUCCAAAGUAAUUCUUCUAAUAUGAGUGAAGUGUGUAUCCCAGACAAAGCAUUAAAAAGAAAGGUUGCUUCAAUAAAGAGAGGAGAUGAUCUCCCCAAAGAGAGGGUGACAGACAAUACAAAUAUCCCUCCCACAUCAGAUCUGAUGAUGAAACUUUUUCCUUCACUGAAACCUAAGCAGAAGGCUGAGUCUUAUUCAAAACAAGAAGACAAAUCAAAUGCAGAGCAGGAGGAAUCAGGAGGAGACACUGUUCGAUCUCAGGUUUUGAGAGAGAAGCUUGUUGAGUUGGAGACAGAAAUUGAAAGAUUCAGAGCUGAAAAUGCAUCUCUAACAAAACUCCGGCAAGAGCGAGAAUGUGCCUUAGAAAACCUUAGGAAAGAAAUUGCAGACUUUGAGCAGCAGAAAACAAAAGAAUUGGCCCGGUUAGAAGAAUUUAAGAAAGAGGAAAUGAGAAAACUGCAGAAAGAACGUAAAGUUUUUGAAAAAUAUGCUACAGCAGCUAGAGCCAUCCCAGAUAAAAAAGAACGUGAUGAAAUUCAGGCUUUAAAACAGCAGAUUGCAGACUUGCAGGAAGACUUAAAACGGAGGGAGGCAAAAUGGUCAAGCACUCAGGGUCGUCUUAGAAACCAGAUUGAAGCUUUAACAAAGGAGAACGCGGAACUAAGAGAAGAGAUCAGAAUUAUGGAAAGGUUUCGUCUAGAAGCCUGGAAGAAAGAGUCAGCUACUGAAAGCAAAAGGAAAGCUGAAAGUUGUGGGAUAAAAUUGAAAAGAGAAGAGUCUAUGUGUCCGCCAGUAGGACUCCAGAAAUGUCAGAUUCUGUCUCCAGUUCCUCCAACAGAAAAGUGCAGCAAGAUGAGCAGAAAAAGUUAUUCCCCAGCCAAAGGAAAGCCUUCUAGAAGACCUAAAUCAGCACUUGGGAGUGAUUUGAAUAAUGGUGACAAGACAAUGCUGACCUUGGAAGAUUCCUCUAGGACUUUUACAAUAGAUGUGUCCCCUAAUGGAACUUGUGAGUCAAAGUCAACAAGCAGUAAAGAAAUACAGGGAGAAAUUAACUAUCCUGAUGGAAAGGUUGAAAAGAUUUUAAAAAAUGGCUGCCACCUUAUAUUUUUCCCUAAUGGCACACGGAAGGAAGUUAGUUCUGAUGGAAAGACCAUAACUGUAACUUUCUUUAAUGGAGAUGUGAAACAAGUUAUGCCAGAUCAAACUGUGAUUUAUUAUUAUGCAGAUGCCAAGACAACUCACACUACCUAUCCUGAUGGCCUAGAGGUCUUACAUUUCUCAAAUGGACAAAUAGAAAAGCACUACCCUGAUGGAAGGAAGGAAAUUACAUUCCCAGAUCAAACUAUUAAGAACUUACUUACAGAUGGGCAAGAGGAAAGCAUUUUUCCAAAUGGUACUAUUGUUCGUGUUCUGAGAGAUGGAAGCAAAACUAUAGAAUUUAAUAAUGGUCAGAGAGAACUGCACACGCUGGAAUUCAAGAGACGGGAAUAUCCAGAUGGCACUGUCAAAACUGUGUAUGUUGAUGGCCGCCAGGAAACAAAAUAUGUCUGUGGGAGAAUCAGAGUUAAGGACAAGGAUGGCAAUAUAAUAAUGGACACAAAGUUAUGACAAAUAUGAAUCUAAGGAAUUUUAUUUAUUUAUGCAAACGUAGCUGUAAGAACAUAGAAGUGUGUGUUUCUGGAGAGAGACACCCCCCCCCCCCC